UUCUUGUCGGCGAUUAAAAGCGAACGGACCCAUUCCGUGAGUACGGCGCAAGCGCAGAGCCCGCGUUGAUUACGGAAAUGGUUGUUACAUGACAUUUUACUCAAGGUAAACUGAUUGUAAGCGUCGCACAAGGAGACGGACGCGGCGGUGACAUGGCCGGAGAAGAGCAGGAGAGCAACAGCAAGGGUUUCAGGCUGCUGGGGAUUCUGGAUGUCCAGAAGACUCCGUGUGCCAGAGAUGCCAUCCUUCACGGAGCUGGAGGCUCCCUAGCCGCUGGCCUGCUUCACUUUCUGGCCACCAGUCGGGUGAAGAGGUCUUUUGACGUUGGAUUUGCAGGCUUUAUGCUCACCACGCUCGGGUCCUGGUUUUACUGCAGGAUGAGCAACGCUAAGCUUCGUGUGCAGCAGAGGAUAAUCCAGGACGGCAUGAGGAACAAGAUCGUGUACGAAGGAUCCGUUCUAGACCCGACAAUCAAACCCGCAGCAGAAACGCCAUCAGGGCCCUCAUGAUCUGCAUCACUGAAAUUCCUCCCCCUUCCUCCGUAACGGUUUGUAGGAGAAGAGAGGACACUGUCAGGGUAAACUGACUGAACGGACUUGGACUGCGUAAAUAAUGGGGGGAAAAAAUCUAAAAUCUGACAUUUUACAGAUGCUUUUUCGUUACGUUGUCGUUUUGGUUUGGUCCAACAACUUCCCAAGGGAGUUUGCAGUCUGUAUAAUGCCUUAUCUGUCUGUCAAAUAAUGUGACAAUUGAAGUCUUUCAUCACAUGGAAACACCAGGCCUAGAGCACUCACUUUGAAGUUCCCCCCCCACACACACACACACACACACACACACACACACACACACACAUAUCCGGACAUCUUUGACUGAAAACAGAGGUUACUCUUACUGUGUAUUCUAAUCCUAAAUGAGCAAAAACUCUUUUGAAUUUCCUAGUUUUUAAAAGUCUCAAGUGUUGAUCCGGUAAAUGUACGACUCCCUCAAACCCUGCGAUGCUUAAAUUCCUGUAAUUUCAGUGACUUCUUUCUUCUUUUUGAGACUCAAACCACUAAAUGGUAUAAAGCAGUGGGAAAACAAAACAGCCAUUGUGCUAUCAGUCUUUAAUGUUGCUGUGUAUCAGUACCUGCUGUGACUUGUGGUCUGCUUUGCAGCUGAUUCAGUCUACUGGCAUUAUUGUGGUCUGGAUAUUCAAAACCAUCUAAGCCACUGUACUGAUAAUAGGUCAUUAAAAAAAGGACAGGACAAAAAAUAAUUGUACAAGGAUAACAAGUACACAGCUGUACAAGUGAUUGAAAGCAGGAAUAUAUAAUAACAGCUUUUUAAUGUACUGUUUUCUUUAAAACUCUGCUAAAGCAGCAAUAGAAGGAUCUAGCUGCAGGUCAGACCACAAAUUCCCGCAGAGCUCCAAGCCACAAUUUCUGAAUGAAAACUGAGAUAUUGUCUUUACGGGGAUCCAUGUUAACUUGCAUGUUGUAGGAAGGAUGUGUAUGUGUAAGACAAACAAACUGUGUGCUUGUAUUUAUUUUGCUGUUCUAAGAAAACCAAACCUUUACUGUUUCUUUAUUUAAGAAUGUCAGAGUCACUGAUGUCGUUUGAAAAGGUAAAACCAACACUGAGCCAUCAUGAUAAACUUCAUGUGUUUUUCACUUUUUAAAACUGGAAACAGAUUGUUACCUAUUGUUAAAAUAUUGUAAGAACAAAUCAGAGCGCCUGUGGGUGAUGUCACAGUUGGAGUUUUUUAGCCACAAUGCAACAGACCGACAGUGUAAAGAGACAGGAAAGGCGGGAAAGAGAGAACGAGGUCCCCAGCUGGAAACAAACACGGGACACUGCAGUUAUUUGCUAUGUUUUCUGUCAUCUGUCAAAACGCCUGCCAGUGGCCGUUUUCGGUUUUCCUCAAAGCCUGAUGGUUUUAUCAUUAAUAAAGUAAUAAAUUGUGUACCGAUGUAA